CAUGUUGGGAAUUACCGGGGGGGGGGGGGGGGGAAUUACCAAAUUACUAUCGGGUGCACAGAUUGGAUGAUAUUCUAGUUUCUACCCACAUGGUUAUACUUAUUCUAGGCUUGUCAAAGUAGACUUACUAUCGGGAUGGCUGCAGCUACCACUACAUCGCCAUUUGAGAGAGAAGUCGAAUGUAGUAUCUGCCACGAGUUGUUUGAAGAUCCGCGGGGUUUAUCAUGUGCCCAUACAUUUUGUUUUGAGUGUGUACAAAGACUAACGGAGGGUAACAGAUCGAUUGCAUGUCCUCUCUGCAGGAAGAAGACGGCUUUGCCAAGCAACGGGGCCAUGGGUCUUACCAAGAACAGCCUCGCUCAAAUGCUGGUGGAUUUUGUAAAGAAAACUGGUUUUGCAGACAAGCGGAAUAUUGCAUGCCAAUCCGAACAUGAUAUACGACUGAGAGCGGAGUUCUUUUGCAAAUCGUGCAAAAGUGUAGUUUGCGGGUCAUGCGGUAUGAAGUACCACCGUGAACAAUCAAAGCACCAAACAUUCCCAAUAGAUGAGGUACUCAAAAUGGAAGAUAAUCUUCGAGAUUUACUCGAGUGGGGUAAAAAUGAAGAAAAGGAGCAAGGCAAACGUAAAGAAUUACUCGAACUGAAACAGCAAAAAGUGACCACCAGGUUCUCAGCAGUCGAGGCAGCUAUUGACCACACCUUUGCCGAGGAGAGUAAACUUCUAGAUGACAGAAAGACCAGCCUAAAGCAACAAUUGUGGGAUAUGAAACGCUCUAUCAAAACAGCGCUACAAAAGCAGUGUGAUGCUGAAGAAGAGACUAAGACCGUAACAGAACUGAACAGCCUCACUGAAGACAUCCUGGAAGGCGGUGUCAAUGCUCUUAUGGAAAUGCAUGAUGAAAUAAGCAGUGGAUAUCAGUCACAGAAACAAAAUGCGGUGCCAACUACCCUUUCUGAUUCACUGCAACACGUAUCAGAUUUGAUUUCAAGCAUUAAAUUCCAGCAGGAAUUGCAGAAGGGCAUGGUUGGAAGAAUCGUGUCAAAUACAGGUAACUGGAUGAUAGGACAAGUCAGAUUUCUUUGCGACCGCAACUCCGGAGUUGACUCCAAUUGCAAACCUUCAAGCAUCAUUGAAUUGUCCAAUGGGAAUUUAGCUGUAGGAUUCAGCACACAGAAGGACAUUCAAAUAUUUGAUAAAUCUUACCAGCGCAUACCAAAUAUCAGACCAUUAGCUGCUGUCACUGAUAUGAGCCAGCUGUCCAGCAUUAUGGACAAUGAUUUCCUAGUUCUUGAUGAAGAUGGUGAUGUCAGUCGUGUUUAUGUCUCGCGAAAGGAAUCUAUGAUUCUUUUUGAAGGAGCUAUUGAUCUCUUUGAAGACGAUCUUGGAGAAGAUAAACCAUACUUGAUUGCUGCUGAUGACAGUAUAUUUGCUCUGUUGUAUGAGGAUAGGGUCAAGAGCUUCUCCAUGGAAGGAGUACCUGAUCACACCAUUAAAUUGCCAUCUCGCGCUGGUGACAAGCCUCUUCGAAUGCAGAUCCAUGGGAAUAGCGGUGGCUCUGAUGUGCCCUACCUUGAUAUCUUGAUUGCCAAUAGAGAAUCAGUGAGGAGUGUCCACUGUGAGCUUGCACAGUGUCAAAGGAUCGUUGUCUCUGAAACCAGCCUCCAUGAGAUGGUUGCUAUCCACGGUAGAAACAUUGGUCAUGCCGUUGACAAAGAAGGCAACCUGUUCGUAGCCUAUACCCAAGAUGAUAAAUUCAUCACGAUAAGGAAGUAUGUAGGGGGUGAUCUGUCGAAAGAAGAGAUUGUGAUUUGUGACCUACAGUUGAUGAUGGAUGAUGGUGGCACUGUCUUAUUAGCUUCUCUCAGUCCAACGUGUCUUGUCAUGUGCACAUCCCAGAAGAUGUCAGUUUUCACAAAACCUACCGUCGAUGAGUUUGUCCAUGGAAUUUUUCGAUAAACAUGAUGGUUUGGGCCUCAUCUACAUGUGUCACAAUAAUUGAUGAUGGAAUAAAGUAAACUGCUUAUUUCCACUUUUUUUUAAAGAAUGACUAAAUCAUUGGAGACAGCACUUUGCAUGACCAUAGUCUAUGUACAGAAAACACUGAGAUUUUCAGUUUCCUAGUGUAUUCCAUUUCCCCCGCUUCAUAUAAAACGUUUCUAAAAUGGAAAUAUUUCUUUAGUUAUCUUCUUACGGUUAUAUUGACUGGUUUCUUUUCUUUCCUUUGGUUUUGCGGCAUUUAUUUUAUGGUUCAUUGAUUUUAUUGAUUGAAGUAGUAGAAUUACAGAAAUGAAGAAACGAGAAUAAAUAUACCAAAAAAUUAUAAAAGAUUAUAAAGCCCCCAAAUCAAUAGAUUUUCACACCAACACUAAAGCACAUCAGCAUGGAUAAAAAAAAUGUUAUAGUUCUUUAAAUAUUCCUUCUUAAGUAAUUGUGAACCCAGGAAUAGUGUACAUUAUUCAAUUGAUGUGAAAUUAUGUGAACUAGUAGGUGAAAUAGAGUCGCAUACAUUCGUAAUUCCGAAGCUUUGUUAUUCCGAAGGUUCGGAUAUUCCGAAGGUUCGUUGUUCCGAAGGUUCGUUGUUCCGAAGGUUCGUAAUUCCGAAGGUUCGUUAGUCCGAAAACGAAGUGAGGUUCGUUAAUCCGAAAAAGAAAUGAGGUUCGUAAUUCCGAAGGUUCGUUAGUCCAAAAACUAAAUGAUUAACUAACCUUAUUUCGUUUUCGGACUAACAAACCUUCGGAACAACGAACCUUAUAUCGUUUUCGGAUUAACGAACCUUCGGAACAUCGAACCUUAUUUCGUUUUCGGAUUAUCGAACCUUCGGAAUAGCGAACCUUCGGAAUAACGCCACAAAUGUUCGGAUUAACGAACCCUUUUACGUUUUCGGAUUAACGAACAUCGAGGUAUAGGCAAUUUACGUGUUUCGGAAUUACGAACCUUCGGAAUAAAGAACCUUCGGAAUUACGAAGUGUAACCAAAUAGAGUAUUGUUUACCUUUUAGAAUAAGUUGACCCAUGUACUCUUUGUUGAAAUAGUGAGGAAUCGAUUUAUGAUAUAAAUAACUUCAUCAUGUUCAUACAUUAUAAAUUAAUUCAUACCCGCUCUUCCACUUGCUUUCUUCUCACUUUUCUUUAAUUCACCUCUUUCUGUUUAGUUAUUAUUAAUUUCUACAAAAGCCCCUGCAUUCUUGGUAUUACGCCUAUACUGUAUAAUUCAUUAUGUUUUGUACUAUUGAUUUGUAUAUGAACAUGUUAAUUGGAAAAAUUAAAUGUUUACUUUAAUUGUAUUGAGUGAAAUAUUUCACAUCUUGUGAUGGUAUGACUCUAGGAUUGUUAAUGUUGAAAAUUAUGACACUGAAUCAUUAUCAUUAACCAUCUGCAUUGAUUCAUCGUUGUGAGUAUAUAAUGUUUACAUUUACUCCUAUGAUGAGAUGCGUUUUUUUUAUAUAAUCAAACAACGUGGUGUAAUCAGAAAUGUCAGGGAAAUGUGUUUUUAUGCAGGGAAACAAAGUCAAUAAAGGUUUAUUUUGCAAGUUAUAUGGUUGUGUUUUGUGUGGGAUCAUGAGAAUCGGCAUGACAAAGAUCGAGCACUGUAAAUAAAAAGAUCCUUUUCGGCACGCAUAAUUCAUAAAGACAAAUGAAUUUUCUUGUUUCUAGAAAUAUAUUUUAAUUCAGAUUUAUUGAUAGUUAAAAAUUCAAUCAAGAUUUUUAUUCAAAAUGAUUACUAAACAAAUGCUAUAUUUCAAGACAGUACAUGAGUUGCGUUGUUUGUAUAACAGUACUAACCAGGUUAUCAACUUCAAUGAACAUCUUAUUUUCUCUCUCUUUGUCAUUUAACUACUGAAGGUUUUCAAAAUUUCUGAGUUUUGUUAUACCUGAAUGUUUUGUUUUAUAUGUGGUAUGAUUUGUGUAUAUUUUUGCUUUUAUUUUCAUAGUCUUUUUAUAUCCGUAUGCUAACGUUGACAUACUGCAUUUCAUGAGGUACAUGUAGUAUUUUUUAUUUACAUUGUUUGAAUCUGUAUCCCAUUAUUAUAUACACCAUCGAAGCGCUGAAGAAUAAUGUUGAAAUGUUGGAUAAAAAAGUUUUGAAAAUGUAACAAUUCAGAGAUUAUCUUUUAUGUUACCCGAUACACGGUUUUGCUUUUACUUGGAAUUAUUUUUCUUUUAACUGCGAUUUCAAUGUUUGUUUUCAUUUUCCAACUUUCCGCAUUUUUUUUGACAUAUUUGACCUUCAUAAAACCAAUAGUAGCCCAACAAAAACCGUUUUAGAUUGAUUUUUAAAGCUUCCUUCUUUCUUAGAAUCCGAAUUAAGUGUUGCGGUUGUGGUGUUGGCGUAUAUUACAUCUCAUCUGUUAUAGGAUUUUGUUUAUAAAUAUAGACAUUCUUUUUACCAUUUUCUGAAAAGGUUGUAUCGCCAAACAUUUUUGAUCAUUUAAUUUCUAUGUUUUAUUAUCUUUAUUUUUACUCUUUAAUCCCACUCCUUUCCUUCUACAUGUAUGAAUAUAAAAUGAACGUUUGAAAAGAGUCCUUUCAAACGUUCUUUUUAGAUUCAUACAUGUAGAAAGAUAGGAGUGGGAUUUGUAUAGAAAUAUAUGUAAGUGCGCAUUCACUGGUAAUUAAGUUUGUGUAUGUAUUCUAAGAUAUCACUACUGAACCUGUGGGCGGUUGAUAUUUAGAUUUUAUUAACAUAUUAACAUAUUAACGAUAUUCUAACAUUUUAUGGGAUAACUUCAGACGAAACUAGAAUUUAUAUCCACACUUCUAUGAAAUGCUACGUUUUACUUUCCUUACACAUUGGUCAUGUUAGUCAUCAAAAGACAACGCAGCUACGAUAUAUUAUGAAAUGAUUUUAAUUCAUUGUAUAUUGAUAACUUUUUUAAUCUUUUUUCUUUUAUGAUGAUGAUGAUGAUGAUAAUUAUUAUCAUAAUAAUUGUAUUGAUAUGAUACUACAACUACUACUUCGAAUAAUAAUAUUGAUGAUAAUAAUAAUAAUACUUUUGGGGGGUAUUUUUUUUUACUGCAGAAUUGAUUUUUUUUUAAAAUAUAACAUAUGAUUAAUUAGCUUAAGCUUUCAUUCCAUUUUGCUACCUGUAAAUAUGUACAAUCUUUUACCAAUUGACUCAAAUGUAUAUUAUAUAAAGAUACGUUUUUUUUAUAUAAUUAAGUAACGAGGUGUAUAAUCAGGAAUAUCAAGGAAUAUCAGGAAGUGCGUUUUUAUGCAGAGAACUAUAGUUAAUAAAAAAUUAUGUUGCUAGUUA